GUACACAUCGAGGAACAACAGACUCGUGUGCUCUGUUCAGUCUUUAGCCAUCUUAGCAGGGCAAUACACAAUGUUUCUGCACUUUUGUUUUGUUUUAUCGUUACUUUUGUGUAAUGUCCACGGCCACCAAAAUCAAGAAUUUCUCCAACACCUGGUGGAGCCAGAGGAACCCAGAGGGGAACGACACGGUGAUUAUGCACCCACCGCCAGUGAGUUUACCAACGGAUGAGAAGGAGACUUUGCGCCAAAAGAGAUUGAUUUCGGCAUCCGAGUACGAGAAAACCGCCCAAUUUUGGAACGUCGGAGCCCAGUUGAAGCUGAAGGAACAACUGCUGAAGCGCACCAAUCGUAACGUGGCCAAGAAUGUGAUAUUUUUCCUUGGCGAUGGGAUGUCGAUUCCCACCCUGGCGGCCAGUAGGAUGUACCUCGGGCAGAUGCAUGGUCACACCGGUGAAGAAACGCAACUAUCCUUCGAAGAGUUCCCAGACGUCGGCCUGGUGAAGACGUACUGUGUGGAUAAACAAGUUGCAGAUUCUGCAUGCUCGGCCACGGCAUACCUUACUGGGGUGAAGGCAAAUUAUGCCACCAUUGGUGUCACUGCUGCGGUUAAAUACAACAAUUGUGUCGAUAGCAGUGACCCGAAGAAUCAUGUCCAGUCAAUAAUGAGCUGGGCGCAGGCCGCCGGUAAAGGAACCGGAAUUGUCACCACCACAAGAGUCACGCACGCAAGCCCGGCCGGAACCUACGCUCACGUGGCGAACCGAGAUUGGGAAAGUGACGCCGACGUCGAGGCCAAAGUGGAAGACUCUUCGCAGUGUCAGGAUAUUGCUUCCCAGUUGGUGCGGAAUGAACCCGGGAAGAACUUUAACGUCAUUCUGGGUGGAGGUAGGAGAAAGUUUAUACCGAAAAACGAAAAGGAUGUCUCGGGGAAGCCAGGCCAGCGGAUGGACUCUGCAAACCUCAUCUCGGAAUGGUUCUACAGCAAACCGAUGGGAACGGCCAGAUACGUUACCAACAAGCGUGACCUCAUGGGUAUCAACUUUAACGAAACCGAAUAUCUGAUGGGACUCUUCAACUCGGAUCAUCUCAAAUACCACAUGGACAGUGACCCUUCGGAGGAUCCUUCGCUUAGUGACCUGACCUACGCAGCAAUCAAAAGCCUCGAGAAGCACCGAAACGGGUAUGUUCUGUUCAUCGAGGGUGGCAAAAUCGAUCUGGCCCAUCACGAAACCAAAGCCCGCAAAUCUCUCGACGAAACGGUACAAUUCUCGGAGGCAGUUUUACUCGCCACUCAGCUAACCAAUUCGGACAACACACUGAUUGUCGUAACAGCGGAUCAUUCCCACGUAAUGUCCCUCGCCGGUUAUUCAAAGCGUGGACACGAUAUUCUCGACAUUAGUGACUCAAUCAGUGACGUCGAUAAGAAAGCGUACACCACUCUUUCGUACGCCAACGGACCCGGAGGACCAGGCCCGGAUGAGAAAGGCCAUCGGCGGAACAUUACGCAGCAGAUGGUCAAGAACAAAGAGUUCCAGUAUCCGAAGAUGGUGCCGCUCAAGUAUGAAACCCACGGUGGCGACGAUGUCGCGCUCUUUGCGUAUGGUCCUUGGUCUCACCUGUUUGGCGGCAUGUACGAGCAAAACGUUAUCCCACACUUGAUUGGAUAUGCAGCUUGCAUUGGAGAUGGUCUAACCGCGUGUAAACGGUAGUUUGUUUGUAAGUUUUAUCUUUCUAAAGUAUUCCUUUUUAGUUUUGUAACAUGUGUCAUAACUUAAAAAUAAACAGUAAGAUGUUAAGUUUAA